UGCCCAACCGAUUCCACCCUAACUUCAGCAGCAUCUGCCAAUCCGGUUGGCAACGUCAACUACCUUCCUGCUCCCUUCCCGAUUCCUCCCGCUCCAUAGUCGUUUACCUUUCUCCCUUUGUGACUCUGUCGGUGGCAUCAAGUCAAUGAACCUUGAGCCAACCGCUCAGACAGGCAGCGUUAACCUUGACAUCAUGCAGACCAUCGGGACCGACACAAACGCUCAGUCUGCAAUAGACAUUAUCGAAAAUCAUGUCUUCUUUCGACCCACACCGGGCCAGGGUUGGAUGUCGAAGCCCGAGCUGCCCACCGUAGACGAGAUUCUGGCCAGGCAGUCGGACAUUGAGCAGCUGCCCGAGAACCCCGUCGAUGCCCCAUGGGCAUCCAAGGGUGAGUAUCUCGCUGCGCAGUAUGGCAUCCUCCGCUGUGAGGCAACCGAGGGAUUGCGAUACUCGGUAAGAAGCUUCGCCGAUUACGGCCGCAAGGAGCCCAUGAUGGACGACGACUUCACCAAUAUCUACACCAAGGUCCGGGUCACCCAGUAUGUGAUGUCUAGUAUUGGGCCCCUGGCGAGGGUCUCGUUCUCAACGGAGCGCUCGCUGUACAAGAUCCAGUGGCAGCAAUCGAAGCGUCUUCAACCAGGAAAGAUUGUCGCCCUCUCUCCUAAAGACGACAACUUCAAGACUGUCUGCAAAAUUGCCACGGUUGCUCAACGCCCAUAUCGCGAUGGGCUCGACCAGGACCCUCCAGUUGUGGAUCUCUUGUGGGCAAGGCCUGAAGAUGCCGUGUUCGAUCCGAGCCUUGAGAUGGUCAUGAUUGAGUCGCUACAUGGGUACUUUGAAUCGGCCCGUCAUGCACUGGUGGGAUUGCAGCUUGCCGCCCAGACUGACUCACCCCUGGACAAAUACUUGACUGGUGCUUACACCAAAGACACCUAUCCGAGAUUCCUCAAGGAGGAUCCCAUCAUGGACCUCUCGUCCCUCGCCAGCCGUGCCACGGAGGCCGAUUCGGAGGUGGUCACGGAGUUGAAGACACACGAUAUCGUCAACGGCAAGAUUCCGGUCUUGAAAGAUCUCACCUUCUUGGACGAUUCCCAGCUACUCGCCCUCAGCCGUAUUAUAUCUCAGGAGCUCGCCAUUGUCCAAGGGCCCCCAGGCACCGGCAAGACCUUCACCUCCGUGGAAGCGAUCAAGAUCAUGGUGGCUAAUCGACGGAGGCACCGAGGCCCUCCCAUCGUGGUUGCCGCCCAAACAAACCACGCGCUGGAUCAGAUCCUCGUCCAUUGCAUCAAAGCGGGCGCAAAUGUCAUCCGGAUGGGGGGAAGGACGCAAAACGAGCUGAUCAAGCCGCGCACUUUGUUCGAGCUGCGUCAACGCGCGCAGAUCCCCGCGGACCGCAAAUGCAACUCAAUCGACCACCAGAGACGCGAGAACGUCAGGAAGAUCCAGGAACUUGUCGACACCCUCUUUGGUGACAGCCUCCUUGACCCCGACGCCCUUCUGAGAUUCGGCAUCAUCACGGAGGCUCAGCACCAAUCUCUCUGCGACGAAUCCAUGGAAGCACACCCGGCGCUGGAGGCUCACGGCCCAUUUGCGCUUUGGCUGGGUGACAGUCUCAUCCCUGCCAAAAUUCGCGAAGAUCGUCAUCCAACGCAGCUCGAGGUUACCGAGGCCGAAGCCCGCAAGAACCUGCCGGAGUUCGAAUACGAGGACGACGAAGAAAUCGAGAACAUCGCCGACGACGAAGAAGACCUCGUUCGCUUUCGAGGCCCCGUCAUCACGCUGAAAUAUGUCUGGUCAGGGAAAGAUCCAGCCAACCUGUCGUCGUGGGGCCGUGCCGUCAAGCGCGCGCUCCGAAACGACGACCUCUUCGCCAUCGAGAAGAACUUGCGCGGCGCCGUCUACCAAUACUUCCAAUCCAGACUUCUGGAGGCAAUGACACCCGAAUUUGCCGCACUCCUUGCUGAGAACGUCGUUCUCUGUAAGAAGCGCAAGGCAUUCAAGUUCUUGGGAAAUACCCAGCUUGUCGAGCAGCAGAGGAUUGACAUCGUUGGCUGUACCACAACGGGUCUGACCAAAUACCGAGGGUGCAUCGCCGCAAUGCAGCCCCAGUCUCUGCUCAUCGAAGAGGCAGCGGAAACCCGCGAGGCGAACAUCGUGUCCGCCUUGUACCCUUCGGUCCAGCAGCUGAUCCUGGUUGGUGACCACAAGCAGCUCGCACCCAAGUGCGACAUCCAGCGGCUCGGUGAUGCGCCCUACAACCUCAACGUCUCGCUCUUCCAGCGAAUGGUCAACCUCAACAUGUCGUUUGUCAUGCUCAAACAGCAGCGCCGCAUGAAACCGGAGCUGAGGGCGAUCCUGAACCCCUUUUAUCCCGAGCUGGUCGACCAUCCUUCCGUGGAGUCGGGCGAGAACCGCCCGGAUGUGCCCGGGAUGGGCGGCCGCAACUCUUGGAUUUUCCAUCACAACUGGCCCGAGGAUGUCAACUCGGAUUUCAGCAAGCUGAACGAGCAGGAGGCCGAGAUGAUCGUCCACUUCUUCGCCUACCUCGUGUCGAACGGGACGCCGGCCGAAAAGAUCACGGUUCUUACCUUCUACAAGGGCCAGAGAAAGGUGUUGCUGCGCAAAUUGAAACGGCAUCCGUCCCUCAUGGGCGCAUUAUUCAACGUCUGCACCGUCGACUCGUACCAAGGCGAAGAGAACGACGUGGUUCUCCUCUCCAUGGUCCGCAGCCCGCAAAAGGGUCGUUUUUAUGCCGUGGGCUUCUUGGAAGAUGAGCGGCGAGCCGUCGUGGCCAUCAGCCGUGCUCGUCGGGGAUUCUAUGUGUUUGGCAACGUCGACAAUGUCCUUCAGGCUCAUCAGCUCUCGCACGAUCUCUGGCAUAAAAUUUGCAGCGGGUUUGUUGCCCAGGGGCGAGCCGACUGGCUGCGCGGUCUGCCGCUCGUGUGCCAAUCCCAUGGUGAAGAGACUUGGAUUCAGAAGGUCGACGACUGGGGCGACAACUGCGGUGGAUGUAACCGUUUAUGCAAGCAAACACGUCCUUGUGGCCACCCUUGCACACUGAAGUGCCAUGCGGCUUUUGAAAACAUGGCCCGUCAGGCAGAGGCUGCGGCUCAACAGCACAUGUCAUUGGAGCAGAAGAUCCUGCAGAUGGGAGCCGAGCCUACGGAGAUGCUAAUGGCGUCCUUGAACCGUCGCAAUGCCUCGCGUCAGCAGGAACAAGGAGCUCCGACGCCGCCCGUGCAGCGCGUGGCUGCCAAAGCGGGCCAACCAUCUGGCCGAGGACAAACUAUAGCUUCUAGCGAUAGUUCCAGGAGAACUGCCAGUCGCGGCCAGCGAGGCGGACAAUACACCUACGCCCGCGCGGCGCAAAUGGCGGCACAAUGGGGACAUCUCGUCGAUAACAUCGGACAGCACGACGAGCAACUCCGCCAGGAACGUCUAGCCAGUGCCGAGCAUCAAGGAGGAUCUUUGGAGAUGAUCAUUCGCGAUGUUUACCAGCCGACCGCUCUCGUGGAGGGUCUGCGGGUGGGCAACGGCGACACACUCAUCAAGCAGAUCCUCCUGACCAGUGCCGAGGCAACCCGGGCUGCGGCAAUCAGCCGGCAGGAGAACGAGGGCGAGCUCAUCCCAGGCCUGACCGACUUGGCUAUCUCCAACCUGUCCCCUUCUCCCCCUGAAGAAGGCUCCCCCACCUCAUCCAACAUCACCAACAAAGACAGCUACCAGUCCAGCGCAACGGGCCCCAACACGCCUAGAGUCUCCAACACAAACUCCGCCCGGAAGAGCCCUCACACUUCAAUAAACAGUGCAGCAAUCCCGCCCAGUCACCCUGCGCUCGUCCAGCAGCAGCAACCGCCCCCUCCGCUUCUGGAAGGCGUCAAUCCCCCGGCCGCCGCUCUUGAGUCCCUCCUUAUCGACGACCCCACCGCUACCAUGUUGGACUUGGACUAUGUCAACAGCGAAAAAACUGGCCUUCAGGCAGGACACGAAACAAAUCCGUACCUUCUCGCCCAGAUUGGCGCUGCGCCUGCCCGCCCGCAGGCUCAGGAGCUCACAGCUGGGGUCCCAGAGCAGCAGCAAGCGAACGGCACCGGCACCAGCAGUGGAGCCGGGGGUGAUGGUGACGAUGACGAGUGGCUGAUUGAGCUCUAA